CCCGGACACAGCAGAUCACUGAUCCACGGUAAGAGCCGAAGAUGUCGGCUCGGUCAUGUGAUCAGCUGUGGCACUGAUGAUCAGUGUGCCCUGAUGAUCAGUGUAGCCUCAGCAGUGCCACCUAUCAGUGUCCAUCAGUGCCUUGUGUCAGUGCUUAUCAGUGCAUCGUGCCAGUGCCCAUCAGUGCCACAUCAAUGCCACAUAUAAGUGCCUACCAGUGCACAUCAAUGCCACAUAUCAGUGCCCAUCUGAGCUGCCUUUCAGUGUCACCCAUCAGUGUCUGUCAGUGCCACCUAUCAAUGCCAAUCAGUGCCACCUAUCAGUACCACCUAUCAGUG